AUGGACGAAGCUCAUGUCGAAUUGCCCGAUGGACACCUUGUGAAUCUCUCACCACGACCUGUACGCCAAACUUCCUACAAAGCGUAUCGAGUCGAGUACAAGCCCUCGACGGAGCUCUCGGCAACACCUCCACCUCGAUACCUGCAAGAAGGAAUACCAACAGGAUAUGUCGUUGCAAGAGGUGCAUCGGCGAAUAUAUCUCAAAUGUCAAAAGCUACCAAGCUGCCAGUCCCGAGGUCAUUCUCUGAAAGUCGUAACGAUGAUUUAAGUCAAACGUCUAGUCCCAGAAUUCCUAAACUGACCCCAGCCAGCCACUCCUUGGGACGGCUCGGUGACCAGCCUAGACCUUCGGAAAAAGGUCAUGAUCCAUACUGGAGGAAAAUCCGAGAUAAAUUGGAGGAGUCGCCGUUGUUACCAAGACGUGCCAGGAGCAAGGAAAGCGACAAACCCGAAUCUCCUAGCUCGCCCAUCUCCUACCACCGCAGCAGAGUUCCCACCAGCGCUAGCCAAAAUUUCGCAAGCUCUCGGGCGAUCAAUGCACCAUCAGGCAUCCCAAGUCCAAGCACUGUCAACAGCAGUCCCGCGCAGGGGCCGAGAAGAAAUGAGCCCACCACCCUUUCCGAGGACAGCCAGAACAACUGGCGGAAGCAAGGUGACCAAUGGGUCAACAUGGAUGUUACCGAAACCACACCCCAGAAAUCAGUGAAAACAAACGCAACGACCGAUUCCAGCCCUCGAUCUCAUCCUUCCGUCUCGCCAGUAUCCGCCGAGGACAGUUCUAUCACCGACUGGGAAGACCGAUUCGUCGUGAACAUGCCAACUGCAAAAGAUCCCAAUCCGCCAACGAUGACGGCACAACAAAUUGCCGAGUAUCAAAGAAGCAUUGAGCGGGUACACCGGGCUGGUGGGCAGAUGGCAGACCCGGAGACAUUGCCUAGUCGCAACGCGUCUCCCGAGAUCAAAUUCAUCCCUAGCGAGCAAAGAACCCAGAGCCCAAGGGCAGUGAACACAUAUGACGGGGCAAACGAUGGGCGUCAAAUGCCGAGCUUGCCACGAGACCAACGUCGCCCAUCACCGCAGCCUCUGCAAAAUUCUCAGCUGGAGCAACAUGCACAACCCCAGCCCCAGCAGCCCCAGACCAUGACUGCGUCGCAACGUCAACUAGCUAGCCACUACUACAGCCCGGAUGAAAUUGGAUAUAAUCGGAUUAGCACAAUUUGGGAGGAAUCCCCCGCAAAAGCCAAGGAGAAACGACACCCCCAAAAUGCGGAUGGGUCUUUUUUAGGGUGCAGGGAAAUAUCCGGGGAGAAAAACCCGGACGAGAUCCUCACAUUUGCUUCCCCAGACGAUGCCAGUCUACAUCCACUCCCAUUGGCCCUGGUUUCCAAGAACAAGCAACAGGCGCCGAGGCAAGUGAGAAAAGUGACAGACCGACAUGCCAUCCAAAGAGUGGAGGAGACCGUAGUCCUUCAAGAAGAGCGACCACAAACUUCUCAGAAUUCGAAACCUGCCCAAUGCUCGAAGCCAUCAGCCAUGUACCAGGAUCGGAGCCGCUCCCAGAACCCGUCUCCAAUUCCGCGCACCAGGUCCCAGGACUCGAGCAAGGAGAACUACCACCCUACCAGCAAUACACCCGAGCGGUCCAGGAGCCUAGAAGCAAAUCGAGGGGACGGCGAUGUGUUCAUUAUCACACCCACUACCACACGCACUAUGAUUCCCACACCCGACAAGAAAGUAUCUUCGCCAAAGCCGCAAGGGCUGCGUCGUCCUGGUGGCGCAAAUCACACAGUCACCGCAGAGGCUAUCCAAGCCGUCCGGACAAAGGCUCAGAUAAUUUCCACCCCAUCGGGGUUGCGGCCCGGGGACCCGCCAACAGGGCGUACCUUGACAACUUCGCAAACGUUUCCACUCGGCAGCAUCUCCGCCCCGCCGAAAGAUCGAGACGACGAGGGUCAAAACCAAGAUCAUGCGCAAGGUCGUACUCCAGAACGAGCACCAGGCACAGCGCCGAAUUCUAUCCGUGGCUUCAUCCGUACCUCCGGGCUGGCGAGGCCCUCAGGGCUAGCCAGAUCACCCACAGACAGCAUUGCUACGAUCCUGCGCAACAGGACCGAGUCCCUGCGUACACGUGCCGAGUCUCUGCGGAAUGAUUCAGGGUCACCCCAGCGUGUGAACCAGCAGCAGUCCCCAAGUCCUCAGCCAAUUCUUCCAUCUAGGGACAACUCGGAAUCAUCACGAUCAGCGCGGUCUUUUCAGUUCUCCAAGGACACCCCAAUUGUCUCAGCAACCAAGCCUCCCUCGCCGCCAAAAAAGGUCACGUCGGAAAACAAGCCAGAGGAAAACAAAGAAUCACCCUCACGGCCACCUACACUAAGCAAACCAAUAACGAAAAGAGUGACCUUAUCAGAGACAUGUCCUUCGUCGGCAAAACCUGACAAGCCCCCUACAUCAACCAAAAAGAUUUCCGCACUAGCAAAGCCGUCCAAGCUGGACAAAAUCUCCAAAAUUGCAAAACCAGUCGCGCCUGAAAAGUCCCCUCCUCCCAAGGCGAAGAAGCCCGAUACUUCGCCAAAAAAGGAAGAGCUGGUGAAGACCCUUCCUCGUCUCCGUACCUCUGGUAAAGUUUUGGAAAUCGCUGAGCUAGAUGGGCUUCAGGUUGCGAGUCCCAAAGAGUCUCUUCAGUCGAGUAUCACAGACGUCUCUGCCGAUUUAGGUGACCUGCGCUCCCAAGACAAUGCUCAUUCCGACGGCCAGGGACUCAACCCUUUGGCCCUUUCACUUCUUUUCAAUAUUCUUGUUGUUGCCGUCACUCAAGUGAAUAAAGCUUUUCGAAUGGGCACCGGUAGCCCUUACGUCAAAUUUGUGGUCAAUAACACACUGAACAUGACCGGUCACUGCUGGCGUGUCUCCAAAUGCAUCUACACCGUGGUAUCACGCUACCAGGCGACAGGCGCCUGGCCCAAGCCUCGCAAUGACCAGGCGAUCAGCCGGUUCAUGGUGGAGCUUCUUCAAGCCAUUGUGUAUCUCUUGAUCCUUGGGUCUGCUGCCAUACUGAUAGGCCGUACUGCUGGCUAUGUCGUCCUCGUGACCAGUUGGAUUAUAUGGUUUGCUAGGCCAUUUGCGUGGGCCUUCCAAUGUGUUGGCCGUGCCCUGAUAAUGUAA